UAUGAAAGAUUCUACUAGUUUGAAUUCGCCAAGAUAAUAUAACUAAGAAAAGGUGGAUCCAAUUUUAACAUCAAAUGCAUUUAGAUUUAAGACCCAUCAUAAUUUGGGAGAGAAAUAGAUUAGACAGAGAUAGAUAUCCAAAUAAGAUAGUGAUUUAAGAGCAUUUUCUGAAUUAGAUGAAGAUGAUGAAAUAAAAUAAUGCAGUUCAGAUGAAGAUAAUAAAAAUAAUGAAUAAAUUUCUCAUAAAUAACCAUGGUAUUUUAGAUCAGCAAUUCCAAUUAUAAGUAGUAAGAAUUCAGAAAAGAAAUGGGAAACUCAUAGUGAGAUGAAAAAACAUAAUAAAAAUAAACCUUCAUUUGCUUCAAUUUCAUCAAAUUCAAGUUUCAAUAAAAUGGGUAUGAUGACAUUAAAGGAAGAAUUUUAAAGCAUUUAUCAACAAUAAUAAUUAGAUGAAGAUAUUAAAGAAAAGGAUACUGAAAUGAAUGAUAGUGAUGAAAUUCCUUAAUUAAUCUAAUAAGAAUCUAUUAUUUAAGAUUCUACAAUUAUUAUAAAUAGAAAAUCAUAAUAAUUAAGUAAAUCAAAAGUUGAAAUUGAAAACUUUCCAGAACCUAUUAAAAGUGAUCCAUACAAAAAUUUAAAAAUAGCUAGUGCUUUACUGGCUACUUGUGGAAUAGCAGGAUGGCUUUAUAGAAAGUAUUUUUGAUUUUAUA